UGCCUGCGUGUGACGUCAGGACGCACGCUCUUCAAGCAAAAUCCAACAUGGAGGACUUCGUAGCUGUGGAAAAGAGCCCGGAGGAGAUGCCGGCAGUACUGAGCUCCAGACCCCAGACAGGUCUGUCCUUUCUGGCACCAGAACCAGAAGAUCUGGAGGAUCUGUACAGCAGAUACAAGAAGCUGCAGCAGGAGCUGGAGUUCCUGGAGGUGCAGGAGGAGUACAUCAAAGAUGAACAGAAGAACCUGAAGAAGGAGUUCCUCCACGCUCAGGAGGAGGUGAAGAGGAUACAGAGCAUCCCUCUCGUCAUCGGCCAGUUCCUGGAGGCUGUGGACCAGAACACAGCCAUCGUUGGUUCCACUACAGGCUCUAACUACUACGUCCGCAUCCUGAGCACCAUCGACAGAGAGCUGCUGAAGCCCAACGCCUCCGUGGCUCUGCACAAGCACAGCAACGCUCUGGUGGACGUGUUGCCGCCCGAGGCCGACAGCAGCAUCAUGAUGCUGACGUCAGACCAGAAGCCGGACGUGAUGUACGCUGACAUCGGGGGCAUGGACAUCCAGAAGCAGGAGGUCAGAGAAGCUGUGGAGCUGCCACUCACACACUUUGAACUCUACAAACAGAUCGGUAUCGACCCGCCCACUCUCAUGUACGGACCUCCAGGAUGUGGAAAGACCAUGUUGGCCAAAGCUGUGGCCCAUCACACUACAGCUGCUUUCUCGUCUGUCGCUCGAUCGUGCAGAUAUUGGCAAGUCCUCGGAUGUGCCGACGUCUUGGCUGCGAAAAACGCUCCCGCCAUCAUCUUCAUCGACGAGAUCGACGCCAUCGCCACCAAACGAUUCGAUGCUCAGACCGGAGCUGAUAGAGAAGUGCAGAGGAUCCUACUGGAGCUGCUGAACCAGAUGGACGGAUUUGACCAGAACGUCAACGUCAAGGUGAUCAUGGCGACCAACCGAGCGGACACGUUGGACCCGGCUCUGCUCCGUCCCGGACGUCUGGACCGAAAAAUCGAGUUCCCGCUGCCCGACCGCCGACAGAAGCGUCUCAUCUUCUCCACCAUCACCAGUAAAAUGAACCUGUCCGAGGAGGUGGACCUGGAGGACUACGUGGCCCGACCGGACAAGAUCUCUGGAGCCGACAUCAACUCCAUCUGCCAGGAGGCCGGCAUGCUGGCGGUGCGUGAGAACCGCUACAUCGUCUUGGCCAAAGACUUUGAGAAGGCCUACAAGACGGUGAUCAAGAAGGACGAGCAGGAGCACGAGUUCUACAAGUAGAGACGGAGCAAACAGGUUAACGAGGAUGAAGAAGAUAAUGAUGAUAACGAGGUGGUCAGACACACACACACACCUGUCCGUUCAUUUCCAUCUGUGUUUUACACUCAGUGUGUCUGUGGAUUUCUGGUCUGGAACGUCCCAUUAAACCCUGAGAUGUGAAGGAGCGCGGGGCUGGGUUUUAUUUUAUUAGGUUUUUUUUUUUUGUACAGGCACUCGACUGGCUCCUAAAAAAAUAAAUAAAUAAAUAAAAAGUAUGUGACUGUAGCCGUGGAACAUUUAUAUCAGCGUGUACUCACUCAGCAAAACUUUAAAAACAUUAAAGAUGUUUUCCAUUAAAAAGA